UAUGUUUUACGCUUGUUUGUGGUACAAUUUGGGGUCUCAAUAAAAACAGGUGUUUUAGAGACAUCCCGGCAUGCAAUAGAAGUUAAACAAUGCGCAUGCGCAAGUAACUACAACAAAAUAUUUCAAAAUCGAAAUUUGGAUAAUACUGCGGAAAUAUUCUAACAUGCUAAGAAAUACAGAGAAACAUCUUAAUCACUGGCAGAUAGACUGAAGAUGACAGAUUCCGAUACUACAUCAGCUCUUACAUCAGAGCGUAGUCAUGGUGAUGAUGGUGACACUGACCUUGAGUCUGAAAACACAGAAACUUCAGAACAAGAGGAUCAUGCCAACAUUGUAUGGACUGGGUCAGGCAAGAAGACGCCAGUCAUUGUCUUCAAGGCGGAUGCUCUCAUCAAGAAAAAACCUGAGCUAAAAUCAAUUGGAGAGAGAUAUCACCUGGCCUACAAAAUGGUGAAAACUGAAUCAAAGCUCAUCAGAUCUGUUCUCGGAGCCCAUGGCUUCCAUGAAGCCCAUCCAAACAGCCCAGACUUCAACCUAAUGUGGACUGGGAGCCACCUUAAACCAUACACUCUAAGGUCCCUACAGGAAUUCCAGAAAAUAAACCAUUUUCCAAGGUCGUAUGAGAUCACAAGGAAAGACAGGUUGUACAAGAACAUACAGAGAAUGCAGCAAACCAAGGGGAUGAAACAUUUUGACAUUCUACCUCAAAGUUUUAUCACUCCGGCAGAGUUCCAAGAUUUCUGCUCUGCCUUUCUCAAGGAAAAGGGCCCUUGGAUAGUCAAGCCUAUAGCAUCAUCAAGGGGGCGGGGCAUAUUUCUUGUCAAUCAUCCGGAGCAAGUCCCCUUGGAUGAAACACUUCUUGUUUCCCGCUACGUUCCAAACCCAUUUGUAGUAGAUGGCUUCAAGUUUGACAUCCGGCUCUACGUUGCGGUCACAUCUUAUGACCCACUGCAGAUUUACAUGUAUGAGGAGGGGCUGACGAGAUUUGCGACUGUGAAAUACGACAAAGCAGCGAAGAAUAUACGAAAUAAUUGCAUGCAUUUAACCAACUACAGUAUCAACAAGAAAAGCAAUGAUUUUGUGAAAAAUGACGAUCCUGACAUAGAGGAUUAUGGCAAUAAAUGGUCGCUAGGUGCAUUGUUGCGCUAUCUCCGUAACCAGGGUAAAGACACAACUGCACUCAUGAUGAGAAUAGAAGACGUCGUUAUUAAAACUCUUUUAGCGGCUGAGCUUCCUAUCGCAACUGCGUGUAAAAUGUUUAUGCCUUUUAGGGGCAACUGCUUUGAGGUGUAUGGGUUUGACAUCCUGAUAGAUGAUAAUUUGCGUCCUUGGAUUCUAGAGGUCAACUUGUCUCCCUCAUUAGCAUGUGAUUCCCCUCUGGAUUUAAAGAUCAAGUCACAUAUGAUAUCCGAGUUAUUCACCCUGACAGGUUUCAUGUGCCAAGACCCCAUGACAAGAAAUAUGCAGAGUAAACGAAAUCAAGAUGUGCUGACAAAAUCUAAACGUCAGCGCCCUCUAUCUGCAAGUUCCAACAUUAGUGUCAACAACUUGGCGAAAAAGAGUGCAGCAUCGUCAUCGCAGAAUCCUCUUACGGGGGAGGAAAUACGGAUUGUUAGAAGAGCCAAGGAGGAGCACGCAAGAAGGGGAGGAUGGAUCAGAAUAUUCCCAUCCCCAGAUUCCUGGGACCUUUACGGGGCAUUUAUGCAGUUCACAACAACAAACAACCUAAUGCUACAUCAACAGCUAUUUCCAGAUAGGGCACGACCUGCCUCCAGCAAGCCUUCAAGCUCAGGGACCCAUUCUUUGCUUAGAGUCAAGAACCUGCAUAUGUUUAAGCCUGACCCUCACCUUGCAAUGGAUUUUGAAGAGUUAAAGGCUCACGCUCAUCAAAGAUCCAUACAGUAUGAAAGGAAGAUAAGCAGUCUUGGCACAGGGAAGAAAAACAAGAACCACAAGAGAAGACAAUCUGCCCCUGCAGGGGCACCUUCAGGCGAUUCUCACACUGUUUAUAGAGGUAUGCUUUUACAAGGAGAGCCAGUAGACACAACACAAAUACCAACGCAGAAACAAUCUCAACUGAAAACUCAGCCAAUAACACAGGCCAGGAAGCCACCACCCGCACCCCCUAAGUUACGAACCCCUAGCCCUGAGGAACCACCCCCACCCCCCAAGGUUGAGCCCCCACCCCCUAAACCUGUGACUCCACCUCUUCCUCCCCCUCCACAGUACAAUAUAGUCGAGGUACUGGAAAGUGGGGGAGCACUAAGUAAAGUGCAAGCAAGGUACGCAUUUGCGAUGUAUCUGAUGCGGGUCCAGGAGCGCCUCGUGAAAGAAACUGGCAGUCUUGAGUCAGACGAUGGAGAAACUGCCAAUGAGCAAAUGGAUCUUGUUCUAAGAUUUCUGAAGCGAGCAGCUGGGAACCUGCAACAGCCAUUUAAAGUUAUCGUACCCAGUCGGAAACUACCAAUCAAUGAUCGACGGAGAAUUUUGGCAAAACAAUUGGGAGAUUUUGUUCACAUUUAUAACAAGGAGACUGAACAACUGAAGCAACGCAGGCUGAUAGAAAAGAAGAUGAAGCGAGACAAUGUCAAAGAGGAUAAACUAAGGGAUGAUAAAUUCACACAUUUUGUGGACAGGGCAAGUGAAAGUGACUUGGAAGAAGUUCUUACAACAUAUACAAAGCUGAAUAAAUCAGCCAGUAUUUUCCUGGGAAGUAAUUCCAAUACCUCAUCACACUCAAGGCCGUCGUCUGCACAGAGAGGUCAAGGUCAUCUUACAAAGAGCCAAUCAGAAUCCAUGAUACAUAAAAGGAGGGAAGGGGAUGGAUCUGAAAAUCCUUCUGAACCAAAAGAGGCACCAUCAUAUUGGACUAAAACAGAGCCCGUAAUCGAUGCCUCAAUGCGCCCCCCUUCGGGUCACAUUACAACAGCUAGUGGCAACCCUUUGUCAUCCUAUGCAGGAGCAGUACAGAUCUACAGUAGUAAGGUGACCAGUCAGGGUCCAUCAGUGAAACAACGACCACUGUCUGCAAGCAGUCACAGAUCGUCUGCAUCUAGAGUGGGUAUUAAUAGACCUUCCUCAGCAUCAAGUCAAAGAAAUGCUGCCCAUUCACACGCAACUACAUUACAGCAUAGAGAGAGGCCAGACGGCAGCUCAGCACCUGAUGACUACGCAGCUGAUAACGAGGCUAUGAACUCUGCAUUACAACGUCUUGCAAUCCGCCAGAGAACUCGUCAAUACUCCGCCAAAGGCGCUAAUAUUCUACAGGCCCCUAAACCUAAGAAAAUAGAGUCAACAUCUACUGCUUUAAUAGACACUAUGAACAAAGACUCUCAAGGAGAUGGUGAUAAGGGGUCUUCUUGGAAUGCUGAUAAGGGGUCUUCAUGGACAUCACAAUCUCAAGCCCGGGCACAUAGCGCAGGGAGUGGAGCAACACAAGCAAGUUUAGAAUUCAGAAGUUUUAAUAAAUCAAAUAAUAGCCAUGUACAAAGGACUAUAUCUGAAGAUGUCUUAAUAGACCAAGUGCAACAUGCACAAACUAGAUCGGACAGUGCUGAUGAAACGUUUAACAGUUUUAUAGAGGAUAGCACUGGCGCAGAACCCCAGCAAAGCCCAAGAUGGCAAAAUGAACUCAUAGCCGCUUAUAAUCAUGUUACAGGUGUCGCCCCUUCUGAGUCAUAUAACCCAUCAAAAACAAGUACACAGUAUUCAAUGGCAAGUGCGAAUCAUACAAAACAACAACAAAUGAUCCAGCAAAGUAAAAAUUUGCUUCAACAGAGCAAGGCGAAGCAUCAAGCAAUGAUUGCACAGGCACAUAUGGCGAGAAAAUCAAAAGUACACGGUGACCAUGAAGGGGAUUUACAGGGUGACCCAGAAAGUGCUCUUCAGAAAUAUGCACCUAAGCCACCACCUGGAAGGCCCUCUGGGGAUAAAAAAUCCGGGAGCACACAUAGACUUGCCAGAGCUGCUGUACAAGAUGACAAUGUUUAUGGUACUAAUUUCUACAGCAACUUGAGUUAUGAUACAGCAACGGGAAAGUCCAAAUCAUCAAAUAUUUCCUAUAACUCAGGCUAUAACGCAGGGACGGGCUGGUGAUCAAUCCUUAUGAGAUGUUAUUGAACCAUUCCAGUAUAUCAGGCCACCAUAGCUCCAUGGGGAAUUCUGGGAAAUACCUCCCUUGAACAUCCCUAAUUCAUUGAGGACUCAGAAGGCAGGACAUUCCAGUUUUAUGCCAAACAAUCAUUUAGUGGAUUAUGUGAAAUAUUGCCCCUCAUCAUUUCAGUAUAGCAGGUAGCCAAUAAGCUCCCUGGAGAGUUCCAGGAGACCCCUUCCCUGAUAAGCCAAGUUUUAUGUAAACUCAGUGGAGGCUUCUGGGAAACACCUUCCUUCAGCAUUCCGGUCUUGUACCAGGCAACAAGUGUACAAAGGAUGAUGAGGGAAUUUUCAAUAAGGCAGUCUUGGAAAUGUCUACUGACUGAACAUUUCACUACCAGACAAUCAUAACUCAGUGAAGGAUUAUGGGAUAUAGUAACCUUCACCAGAAAUCAAUUUGAGUGUCUCAACUAAGAGUUCUAUAGGAGAUUAUUGGAACCAUGUGUACCUCCCCAGAAAAUUUCAGUGUCAUAGAGGAUUCUUGAUUAACUAAAAAAGGG